GAACCGCGGACGCUGCCGCCCUCUCCUAACUGGUACUGCACCCGCUGCAGCGAUGCAGUGCCCGGGGGCCUCUUCGGUUUCGCGGCCCGGACCUCCGUCUUCCUUGUGCGCGUGGGCCCGGGAGCAGGCACGACCCCGGGGACUCCCGCGUUUCGAGUCAUAGGAGAGUUGGUGGGACACACUGAAAGAGUCUCUGGCUUCACGUUUUCUCAUCACCCUGGUCAGUACAACCUCUGUGCCACCAGCUCCGAUGAUGGGACUGUGAAAAUCUGGGAUGUAGAGACAAAAACAGUUGUGACAGAACAUGCACUCCAUCAGCAUACAAUAUCAGCAUUGCAUUGGUCUCCUCGAGUAAAGGACUUAAUAGUAUCUGGGGAUGAAAAAGGAAUCGUUUUCUGUUAUUGGUUUAACAGACAUGACAGCCAGCACCUCUUUAUAGAACCCAGGACAAUUUUCUGUCUUGCUUGUUCACCUCAUCAUGAAGAUUUGGUUGCCAUUGGCUAUAAGGAUGGCAUAGUGGUUAUAAUUGACAUCAGUAAGAAAGGAGAAGUUAUUCACAGGCUUCGAGGCCACGAUGAUGAAAUCCACUCCAUAGCCUGGUGUCCCCUGCCUGGUGAAGACUGUUUAUCCAUAAACCAAGAGGAAAAUUCAGAAGAGCCUGAAAUCCCCAAUGGGAAACUUAUAGCUCAAACUCCAGUAACAAAAGGCUGUUACUUAGCGACUGGAAGCAAAGACCAGACCAUUCAAAUCUGGAGCUGCUCUCGAGGCCAAGGAGUGAUGAUUUUGAAACUACCUUUUCUGAAGAGAAGAGGAGGGGGUGUAGACCCAACCGUCAAAGAGCGCCUAUGGUUGACACUCUACUGGCCCAGGGAUCAGCCAACGCAGCUGGUGUCCAGUUGUUUUGGGGGUGAACUGCUGCUUUGGGAUCUCACUCAGUCUUGGAGACGGAAAUAUACCCUCUUUAGCACUUCAUCAGAAGGACAGAAUCAUUCCAGAAUCGUGUUUAAUUUAUGUCCUUUGCAAACUGAGGACGACAAGCAGCUGCUUCUUUCCACAUCAAUGGAUAGAGAUGUAAAAUGUUGGGACCUGGCCACACUGGAGUGCUGCUGGACCCUGCCUUCCCUCGGUGGGUUUGCCUACAGCCUAGCUUUCUCUCCUGUGGAUGUGGGCUGUUUGGCUAUAGGCGUUGGGGAUGGCAUGAUCCGUGUGUGGAACACUCUCUCCAUAAAGAACAACUAUGAUGUGAAAAACUUUUGGCAGGGUGUCAAGUCCAAGGUUACAGCGCUGUGCUGGCACCCAAACAAGGAAGGUUGCUUAGCAUUUGGAACUGAUGAUGGAAAAGUGGGAUUGUAUGACACCUACUCCAGCAAACCUCCCCAGAUUUCUAGCACAUAUCAUAAGAAGACUGUGUACACGUUAGCUUGGGGACCACCCGUACCCCCAAUGUCACUUGGAGGAGAAGGAGACAGACCUUCCCUCACUUUAUACAGCUGUGGAGGGGAAGGAAUUGUCCUACAGCAUAACCCUUGGAAGUUGAGUGGGGAGGCCUUUGACAUCAACAAACUCAUCAGGGACACCAAUUCAUUCAAAUACAAAUUGCCUGUACACACAGAGAUCAGCUGGAAAGCAGAUGGCAAAAUCAUGGCUCUUGGCAAUGAAGAUGGAUCAAUAGAAAUAUUUCAGGUUCCCAACUUACGACUGAUCUGCACCAUCCAACAGCAUCACAAGCUUGUGAAUACCAUUUCCUGGCAUCAGGAUCAUGGCAGCCAGCCUGAGCUGAGCUAUCUGAUGGCCUCUGGCUCCAACAAUGCCGUCAUUUAUGUGCACAAUCUGAGAACUGUCCUAGAGAGCAAUCCUGAGGCUCCAGUGACCAUUACAGAGCCCUACCGGACCCUCUCUGGACAUACGGCCAAGAUCACUAGUCUGGCAUGGAGCCCACAUCAUGAUGGAAGGCUGGUGUCUGCUUCCUAUGAUGGUACAGCCCAGGUAUGGGAUACUCUCCGAGAAGAGCCUCUUUAUAAUUUCCGAGGACAUCGAGGCCGACUGCUUUGUGUGUCAUGGUCUCCUUUGGAUCCGGAUUGCAUCUACUCAGGGGCAGAUGACUUCUGUGUAUACAAAUGGCUAACUUCCAUGCAAGUUCAUUCCCGGCCUCCUCAAGGCAAAAAAAGUAUUGAAUUAGAGAAAAAACGGCUCUCUCAACCUAAGCCAAAGGCCAAAAAGAAGAAAAAGCCCACCUUCCGUGUGCCUGUAAAGCAAGAGUCAUUUGACGGGAACGAAGAAGAGGGCAUAAAGGAGAACUCAGGACCUGUUGAAAAUGGAGUGUCAGACCAGGAAGGGGAGGAAGAAGCACAGGAGCCAGAGUCACCCUGUGGCCUUGCUUUAGUGGUUUCUAGAGAACCAGUUAUUAGUACUCCAGUUUCCUCAGGCUUUGAAAAGUCAAAAGGCACUAUUAAUAACAAAGUCAUUUUACUGAAAAAGGAGCCACCUAAAGAGAAGCCAGAAGCCUUAAUCAAAAAGAGAAAAGCUCGUUCCAUGCUUCCUCUGAGCACAAGCCUGGACCAUAGGUCCAAAGAAGAGCUUCAUCAUGACUGUUUGGUGCUAGCAACUGCAAAACACUGCAGAGAGCUAAAUGAGGAUGUGUCUGCUGAUCUUGAGGAAAGAUUUCACCUGGGGCUUUUCACAGAUAGGGCUACCUUGUACAGAAUGAUUGAAACUGAAGGAAAAGGUCACUUGGAAAAUGGCCACCCAGAAUUAUUUCACCAGCUUAUGCUUUGGAAAGGAGCAGAAAAACAAACAGCAGCAGAAAGAGGGGAGCUGACAGAUAAUCUUGUGGCUAUGGCACCAGCAUCUGGCUACCAUGUAUGGCUAUGGGCUGUGGAAGCCUUUGCCAAACAGUUGUGUUUCCAGGAUCAGUAUGUCAAAGCUGCCUCUCAUCUGCUUUCUAUUCACAAAGUGUAUGAAGCUGUGGAGCUGCUCAAGUCAAACCACUUUUACAGGGAAGCUAUUGCAGUUGCCAAGGCUCGGUUGCACCCAGAGGACCCAGUCCUGAAGGAUCUGUACCUCACCUGGGGAACCAUCCUAGAAAGAGAUGGGCAUUAUGCCAUAGCAGCCAAAUGCUAUUUAGGAGCCACUUCCCCUUAUGGCGCCAAAGUUUUGGCAAAAAAAGGGGAUGCAGCCUCACUUAAAACAGCGGCGGAGCUGGCUGCGAUCGUAGGAGAGGAUGAGUUGUCUGCUUCUCUGGCUCUCAGAUGUGCCCAAGAGCUGCUUCUAGCCAAGAAUUGGGUGGGAGCCCAGGAAGCCUUGCAGCUACAUGAAAGCCUACAGAGUCAGAGACUGGUGUUUUGCCUGCUUGAGCUCCUGUGCAGGCAUCUGGAGGAAAAACAGCUUCCAGAAGGCAGAGGCUUCUCUUCUUACCACGCUUGGGCCAUAGGCACCGAAGGUCCCUUUGUGCAGAGAGUGACUGCAGUGUGGAAGAGCAUCUUCAGCCUGGACACCCCAGAGCAGUAUCAGGCUGUCUUUCAGAAGCUGCAAAACGUCCAGUAUCCAUCUGCCACAAAUAACACUCCCUCCAAACAGCUCCUGCUUCAUAUUUGCCAUGACUUGACCUUGGCAGUGCUGAGCCAACAGGUGGCCUCCUGGGAUGAGGCUGUGCAAGCACUGCUUCGGGCUGUGAUCCGGAGCUACGACUCUGGGAACUUCACCAUCAUGCAAGAAGUCUACUCGGCCUUCCUCCCUGAUGGCUGUGACUACCUAAGAGACAAACUGGGUGACCAUCAAUCCCCAGCCAUACCAGCUUUCAAAAGUUUGGAGGCCUUUUUUAUUUACGGGCGUCUGUAUGAAAUCUGGUGGUCUCUCUCCAGGCCUUGCCCUGAGUCCAGUGACUCGGCGAGGGCUGGUCGUGGGAGGACUCUCUCUGUUGAGCAGCUGGACAGUGCCAGGGCUGAAGAGACUGACCCUGAAGCUGCUCCUCAGCCAGAGCCAAGCAGACCUGCAGAACUACUAUUGAGACUCACAGAAGAAAGUAAGCGAGUGCUAAGUGCUUGUAAGGAGCUCUUUUCAGAAAAGCAUGCCAGUCUCCAGAACUCACGCAGAACUGUUGCUGAAGUCCAAGAGACUUUAGCAGAAAUGAUCCGUCAACACCAGAAAAGUCAGCUCUGUAAAUCCACAGCCAAUGGUCCUGAUAAGAAUGAACCUGAACAGGAAGAAGACCUUGCUAGUCCUCAGAGCCAGUGUAAAGAAGAAAAAAAUGAGAUGGUCUCUCUGCCUGAAUUAACCAAAAGGCUUACGGAGGCAAACGAAAGAAUGGCUGACUUUCCUGAGAGUAUUAAGACCUGGCCCUUCCCAGAUGUGCUGGAGUGCUGCCUCGUCCUGCUUCAUAUUGGGUCCCAGUACCCUGGCUGUGUGACCCAAGAAAUGCAACAACAGGCCCAAGAACUCCUUCAGAAAUACAGCAACACUAAAGCUUACAAAAGACACUGCCAGACCUUCUGCACGUGAACUUUCAGGGACCUUGCAGAAACUGUGCCACAGAAUUAUUGACAUCUUUCAACUCUGCAGUUACACCUCGCCAGGCAUUCACUCUGAUCCGUAGAUGUGUUUGCAGUAAUCCAGACUAAUACAGUGAGGGUGGUUAAGCUUGAAUCAACUGUCUACCCUUAGACACAGUGGAGUCUGACUUGGAACUCAAAAUCAUGGGAAGCCAGCAAUAGUUGCUCAGAACUAAUACCUGCAGAGUGAUUAUGUCAUCUCUAAAGCCUUAUGCAGGUUUCACCCAAAGAGGAGAAACUUUUGUAACCACCCAAAGUGUUAUGUUCUUGAACACAGCUACCUUUAUAAAUACUUGACCUGAUCGUAAACAACUCAUUUUUGUUGAAGGUGGAAUUGCCACAUUUUAUGGCUAUUGGUAUAGUUUUGUUUUUAAUUAUUUUUAUUAACCUAGGUUCUCCCACAUAUACUCUUUCCAAGACUCAAGUUUGAAUGUGAUAUAGGCCUUUCUCAUCAUGUUGACUCUUGAUCCUUCAUCUGAACUUUAGGUUGAAAGUUUGAUUUUAUUGUUUUACAGAAUUGCUUAUUUGGACAAAUCAGUUACUAAAGCUUUACAGCAACAAAUAAUUAUCUCAAAUGUGUGUUAUCCCUUCAGUUUUGUGACAAAUGAUUGAUGGUGAUCAAUUAGCUCAGGAAGAAAUUAUUUCAGUGAUUCUUAAUCUUUUGUGGUCACAGAACCCUUUUGAGAAUUAAAACCACAAAUACUCUUUGGAGAAAAAUGCAUAUUCUUAAUUUUAUGUAUAUAAGUUUUGGAUCAUUGGACUACAGUCUUACCACAAAGGAACCCUAAUACUAUUUAAUUACAAAUUGUUUUUUUUUCUUUAAUAUUUUUAGUUGUAGAUGGACACAAUACCUUUGUUUAUUUAUUUUUAUGUGGUGCUGAGGAUCAAACCCAGGGCCUCAUGUGUGCUAGGCAAGCGCUCUACCACUGAGCCCCAACCCCAGCCCCUGUAAAUUCUUAUUCUUCCUUCUGCAGAUUUAAACAGUUGAACAAUAUUUCAUAUCCAGUUACUAAGACAGGAAAAUUAGACAAUCUCAGGUGGGGGAGGGAGUACUCCUUCCCAAUAAUUUAACUGUUUUCUUUUAAGAUUCAUUGUGAAGGCUUUUUUGCUUGGGUAUCUAGUUUUUCAAUUAAUUCCUAAGGUUGGAGUUGUAAAAGCAGCAAGAAUGAAAUUAACAGGGACUCUCAAAUAAGAAAAAGGCUUGAGAGACAGUUUUGUUUAAAAGACAUUUGUAAGUGCCUAGCUUUAAUGUUUAAAAAAAUGCUAAAUCACAAAAAGGAAAUACAGUAAAAUUUAAAUCCUCAUAGUCCUUUACAUAGUAACUGAACUUUAAUAAGAAGAUGCAGUGGUCCUAAGGGUAGAGAAUCUUUGAAUGCAAAGAUAAAUGGGUGUGGCUAACUGCAGACUAGAUGGCAGGUUCCACAACAAAUUAAAAAAAAAAAAAUGUAUUCCCUUCCAACUUGAGUAAUGAGCAGUUAUUAAACUAGAAAUUCCAAACUCCUGUGUGAUUCACUAAAACAUUACCUGUGGGAGGAGGAACUCUGCACAAAUACAAAUACUGCUUGGUAAGACCCAAGAAUUGCUACUUGAAAACUGCAAUAAAAACAAGGCUGUCUCCUAUC